AUGGCGGAGGAGCUGCGUCAGUCGGAAUUUAUUCUGCGUGGCCGCAAGAUGAUCCGAGAGACGGGCAAGUCGGCGAUUGACUUAAUUGCGGAUUACCUCCGGGCGUUGUGGCAGCAUACCCUAGACACCAUCCACAAGGCACGUAGCAAGUCCGUCAUCGCGGCCCUCACCUUCCAGGUGGUCAUCACAGUGCCGGCGAUCUGGAAAGACUAUGCGCGCCAGGGCAUGGAAGAGGCAGCAAGACGGGCUGGAAUCCUCCAAGACCGUCCAGCGGGUCCCACCGUCCUUUCCUUUGCGCCGGAACCCGAGGCAGCGGCUCUGGCAACCCUCUGUGAGCGGGAGCGAGAUAUCGAGAGCGGUGACGUCUAUGUCAUUUGCGAUGCGGGAGGCGGCACGGUGGUGCGUACCGUGUCCGGAUUGGUGGACGUAAUGGCUGAUCCCUCCAGCUCGGAUAUCCAAAAGGCGUUCACCCCCAUUUUCGCCGACAUCGAGGGCCUCCUCAACGAGCAGAUUGCCAAGUCCCGGAGUAAAAGCUUACCGGUCAAGGUGCGUAGUUAUGGGCCACAGUUUGGAUCGAUGCUCAUGAUCACCAGAAUAUCAUCCUGGUCGGCGGGCUUGGCUCCAGCCCCUACCUCUACGAACAUUUAUCGGAGAGGUACGAGCGAGACGGGAUUGACAUCAUCCAAUCCACCGGUAUCAGACCGCGUCGCAUACUCGCCUCUCUUUGACGAAUCUAGGCAUCUUGAGAAGGAUAGAAAUUGGGAUGGCGAUGAAGGCGUCUGGAGGGCUAGCAACCAGAUGAUGUGGUAUUUGCGAAAGAUAGUGGUUGACUAA